UUGGGGUCCUUACCUGUCGUCAGCGUCAGUAGCGUUUCCUGGUCCACGUAUCGACAAUAUCACCAGCAUCCUUGAUGGAGUAUAAUGGACUUUUACCGUGGUUAUUUGCACUUUGUUUAUUAUUUGUGCUCAGAAAUUAAGCGCAGGCUGUAGUCGAGCAGUCAGUAAAAUCCUGGAAGUUUGUCAUCGUUUUAAACGGUCACAACAUGUCUUGGUUUGCUGACUUUGCUGGUAAGGCUGAAGACUUCUUAAAUAAAGUGGACCAGGGAGCUGCCACAGCACUGACUAAAAACCAGCUCCAAACAUCGUCUUUUUCAUCACCUGGUGGAGAAGAAGCCACAGUCACUCAUGAAUACAGCAAUGCAGAAUACAAGCAGCAUCAUCACACCUAUGCAUCGUCUCAAAAUGCACCAAGCUAUAUUUCUGCAGCUGCUGGCAGCAUUAAGAAAUCCAAUGUGUCUUUGCUUGCUGGCACAGCCAAUGUCAGCACUGCACCCUCUAGUUCUGGCAGUAACUUCUCCAACCCUGCUAAGAUGCCCUCUGGCUUUGUAAGGCCCAAAAAGAGUGAGCAGGAUGUGGACGAUGACUUGCUCUUUGAUUUUCUGAACAGCUCAGAUCCUCCAACCAACAACAGGAGUGAUUCAAGGAGAGAACUUGUUAAAGUGGUUCCAGCUAUUGAGGCCCAAGACCCUACACCCCCUCCUCCUUCUUCUACUACUCCUCUUAAAAUCCCUUCAGUUCCUUCCACACCACCCUCAACUCGAGGUGUUUCAAGGGCUUCAAGCAUGAGUUCCCUUUCUGCUCAUAGCAUCAAAACCUCUGAGGAGAGUUACACUAAAGAGCAAACCCAAGAAACUUCUGGAAGUUUUGACACUGGCUUAGCUGUUACCCAGGAGACCAGUAGACAAGAACCUCCUCCUCCACCAACAGAGGAACCACAGAGUCAGAUCAUGUCCAGUCUGCGUCUGGAAAACCAGCUGCUCCGUAGUGAAGUGGCUUCCCUCAACCAGGAGAUGGCCUCAGUCAUCCAGAGAGCAAAAGACUUACAAGAUGAGUUGAAUCAGGCCAGGUUACGUUCUGACCGAUGGAACUCAGAACAGUCUCACACUGACCGCACAUUACGGGAACUUCGCUCACAGGUCGAUGACCUAACAGAGGCUCUUUCAGCCAAAGACGGACAACUUGCAGUGCUAAAAGUGAGACUGGAUGAAGCUGAUCUGAUGCUGGAGUCCCGCAAUGAUGCAUUAGAGGAGGCACAGAAAGAAAAGUCAAGAAUUAUGCAGGAUCACACUGAAGGAAGCAGCAUGCAUUCCCAAGCUCUUGAGACGCUGCGGGAGAGGCUGCGAGAGGCUGAACUGGCUCUUAGAAGAGAGCAGGAUGGCUACAGGCAGAUGCAGACUGAGUGCACUGGACGGCUGUCCAAACUGGAGGCUGAGAGGCAGACUCUUGCAGAGACGGUGACUGCAGCAGAGCGACGAGCUGCAGAAGAAAAACUCAGGGUCGAUGACCUUCAGCAGCAACUGAAAAGUGCAAAAGCUACAGCUGAGUCUGCCAAGCAGGAGCUGCAGGACUACAAGCAUAAAGCUUCACGCAUCUUACAAUCUAAAGAGAAGCUCAUCAGUAGUCUGAAGGAGGGGUCUGGUCUGGAUAAUCUAGAUGGUAACGGGGCCAUGGCCCUGGAGCUGGAGGAGCUGCGUCAUGAUAAAGAACUACAAAAGGAGGAGAUCCAAAAACUACAAGGGCAAGUUCACACACUACGAACAGAAAUACAGGAUUUAGAAAACCAGGCCAUGACAGAAGCAGAGGCCUGGAGGGAGCAGCAAAUGCAGUUACAGGAGCAACAAUCUCUUCACAACAGAGCAAAACAGGAGGUGGAGGCUGAGGUUGAGCGUUACAAACAGGAGCUGCAGUACGUGGAAGAGGAGCAGCACAGAGCUAACACAUCUCUGCAAAGUCGAAUCAAAGACAGAGAGGAUGAAAUCCAAAAACUCAGGAAUCAGUUGACUAACAAGACUUUAAGCAGCAGCAGCCAAACAGAGCUGGAAAACCGUCUCCACCAGCUGACAGAGACUCUGAUCCAGAAGCAGACCAUGCUGGAGGCUCUGGGCACAGAGAAAAACUCCCUGGUGUUUCAGUUAGAAAGACUGGAGCAGCAGCUGAAGAGUGUCCAGGGAGGUCAGAGUGGAGGACCAGCCAUCAACAUGAGUAAUCUGGAGGUUCAAGGGCAAGGAGCUAGGCAGAGAAACACACCAGUCCUCUUCAGUGAUCAGGAAACUCCUGGAAUGUAUGGUCAAGUACGAAAGGCAGCCAGUACCAUUGAUCGUUUCAGCAUCAGACUGGGGAUCUUCUUGAGGCGUUAUCCUGCAGCCAGAGUUUUUGUCAUUCUCUACAUGGCUGUGCUACAUCUAUGGGUCAUGAUCGUUCUUCUCACAUACACGCCUGAAAUGCACCAUGGCCAUCCAGAUGGAAGAUAGAAGGACUGAAUAUUAACGGUUGGCUUUUUUUUUAAUGGUUGCCUUUGUAAAAACUGCUGGUAAACUGGCUCGGGGACCUGAACGCUUCACUGUUUUGCACAGAAAAUAGACAAAGUAAAGAUGUUAGCUCUUGAUUUUAUCUGAUCAUCUAACGGAUUAUUGAUUACUGACAGGUGCAUUUUAACAGAGUGAUAUGUUGUGUUAACAGUUUGCUAAGAGGACAUUAAAUCAAUCAAGAAAUUAUACUGUUUUGUUUUUCUCCUGCUUUCAGGCAUCUUUCAUCUCUAUUGAUUCUAUUUAUCAACAUGUAAAAAAGAAACUUUUAAUAAACAAUAGGGGAAACAACACUG